AUGGGACGUGUGGUGACGAGGAAGCAUGAUGAGUUCAGAAUGGAGAACUACAUGGACCCAUCGAAAACUGCACCGUUCAAGUAUCAGAUUCUGGAGAAAUUAGCCGGCGGUACCUUCGGAACCGUCUACAAAGCUCUCAACGUAGAUGCCCAAUGUGUGAUUGCAGUGAAGGAGAUACGUGUCAGGAGAGACGUUUUAAAGGUUGCUUUCUUACAUUUCUUCUAUUGCUCGUUUUUUUUUCUUAAAAAUUUAUAUAUUCCGCUUAUAUUUUUGCAGAUUCUCAAAGGAGAAGUGGAUAUUUUCCGUAAUCUCAACCACAAAAAUCUCGUCAAAUACUACGGGUGUGAAGUUCGGCAGGAUGAAGUAUUAAUUAUGAUGGAGUACUGCUCGGAGGGUACGCUUGAAAGGAUCUGCCGUGAAGGUCUAGAUGAGGAGCUUGUCAGGCGCUACACCAACAGCCUUCUCCGAGCAGUUGCUUAUAUGCAUAGCCAAAAGGUAGUCCAUCGUGACAUAAAACCAGCUAAUAUUUUCCUGGAUCUCCAUUGUGUGCUGAAACUUGGUGAUUUUGGAUGCUCAGUACGCUUACGCGAUCAAGCGACAGUUUAUGGAGAGAUUGCCGAGUAUGCGGGAACUGUGCAGUACAUGGCGCCCGAAGUAUUAACCUAUGGAGGUAUGGCGGAGGACGGAAAGUACCGAGGGUAUGGCAGAGCAGUUGAUAUUUGGAGUAUUGGCUGCGUCGUGCUGGAAAUGAGCACCGGUCGGCGACCAUGGCCAGAUAUGCAUCCCUUCCAAAUAACGAUGCGGGUUUGUCAAGGAGGUUUGCCAGCGUAUCCCAAUCCAAUACGUUGGAUAUUGAAACAUUUUUUGGAUUCGUGCUUUGUGUUCAAUCCUGACGACCGGAAGUCCGCUGAUCAAUUGCUUCAGGAUCCAUUUGCGAACGUUCAUGAUUACGAAAAAGCUCGUAGUUACAAGCUAGACAAGCAUUUAUUCAGCUUCGCACACGAUUUCUAUGGACAAGUUUGGACCACGGCAGUUCUUGUGUUUGGUUGGCUGCCAUGGUUGUGGUAUACGUGCCAACCUUACCCACUCCCAUCAGUUGUAUUUCUCGUAGUGAAUUCGUUAGUGGAUGCUAUUAUCGAUUUACCAUGGGACAUGUAUGACACUUUUGUUAUCGAGGAGAAACAUGGAUUCAAUAAGCAAACUGUCGGUUUCUACAUGUGGGAUAAGUUGAAAAAAAUGGCAGUAUCGAUGGCCCUCAUGUCUCCAGUUGUCCUAGUAGUUGAAUGGAUAGUUGAGAAUGGAGGCCCAUAUUUCUUCGUUUACGUGUGGGUGUUCCUUUCUAUAGUUUUGCUCCUGUUAAUGACAAUAUAUCCAGCAUUCAUAGCUCCGCUAUUCGACAAGUAUAUUCCGCUCCCUGACGGAAAGCUGAAGGUUGCCAUAGAAGAACUAGCGGCUUCAGUGAAAUUCCCUCUUACAAAGCUGUAUGUUGUCUACGGUUCUAAACGUUCCGCGCACAGUAAUGCGUAUAUGUAUGGCUUCUGGAAUAACAAACGAAUUGUACUGUACGAUACACUUCUAAGUGGAGAGGAAAAAGAGAAAGUUAUAGAGCAAUGCGCAGAAGCCGCAGCAGAUAUGACAGAUAAGGACAAGGUUCGAGGAAUGUCUAACGAUGAAGUUGUCGCUGUACUUGGGCAUGAACUUGGCCAUUGGGCUCUUUGGCACACUCUUAUUAACCUAGUUAUUGCCGAAUUGAACAUAUUGUUUAUGCUUGCAGUAUUUGCUUAUUUCUAUCGAUGGGAACUGCUUUAUGAGGCAUUCGGAUUUCAUACGACACCAACCCUUGUCGGGCUUAUAUUGGUGAUCCAGUUCGUCAUGGGUCUUUACAAUCAGGUUACUGAAAUACUCAUGUCGAUUCACUCGCGCCGAUGUGAGUUCGCAGCUGAUGCGUACGCUACCAGAUUAGGACACGGCGACCGGCUCAUCAGCGCCCUUACGAAAUUGUGCAAGGACAAUCUUGUUCCGCCGAUCGACGAUCCGCUUUAUUCAAUGUGUAACCACUCACACCCACCAGUUCCAGAAAGGAUAGAAGCUAUCAAUAAGAUGAAGUGA